AACAGGAAGUGAGUACAAAUUUAUUUUGACGGUUGCUGUUAGUUUGAAGACCGAGCCAAACUGAGCCAAGCGGAGCCGAACUGAGCCAAACAAAACAAAUACAGACGAGCACACUGACUCGCAUUUACUCAGCAGCUUUGGCUUUUUACAGGAGGUAGAAUGGUUCUGCCGAAAUGAAGGCUGCUGUGGCGAUAAUGAGCAAUUCUUCCCACUCGGUCAUGGUCAUCUUCACAUGCUAUGAAUCCUAGUACCUCCUCUGCUCGGUUUGUGGACCAGUCUGCUGCUUAUGACAUCAUGGACGACUGGGUCUUCUUCUCUACUGAAUCAGCUGGAUCUCAGGGCCUAGAAGAGAGCAGGGAUGAUCAGGAGGCAGAGGACACAGGCAGAUUCAAAGACAAGUUGGUCUCAGCAUGGAACAGCGUCAAAUAUGGCUGGUCCUUGAAGCAAAAAUCCAAAUUUAGCAAGAGAUCUCCUGUGUUCAUGCUGGGAAAAUCCUAUGACCUCAAAGAUGAAGGAGAGCGAGAUCGUUUCCGUCGCUGCUUUGCGUCUCUCCUGUGGUUUACGUACAGACGGGGCUUCCCUCCGCUCCCUGGCUGCUCUCUGACCACCGACAGCGGUUGGGGUUGUGUGCUACGCACCAGCCAGAUGUUGCUGGCACAGGGAUUGCUCCUGCAUCUGAUGCCUCCAGGUUGGACCUGGUCUGGGAACCACCGUGUGGUCAAAGAUGAUAUGGACCUGAUUCGCCCUGCAAACGAUAGAUUUAGUUUAAAUGAAAGGGGAAGCAAGCUAAGUCGACAUUUGAGCUUGGGUUCCAUCCUGGACAGACCCAUCGAGGAUCCGCACAGAAGGAUCUUAUCCUGGUUUGCAGAUAAUGCCACAGCCCCCUUUGGCAUACAUCAUCUUGUAGAACUGGGCAAAAGCUCAGGGAAGAAGGCUGGGGACUGGUAUGGCCCGUCCAUUGCGGCACAUAUCCUCCGGAAAGCUGUGGAAGCUUCAACAGUGGACCUUCCCAGCCUAGUUGUGUAUGUAGCACAAGAUUGCACCAUCUACCUGCAGGAUGUGAGGACGCUGUGUGAGCAGCCUCACCCUCAGGCCUGGAAGUCCGUCAUCAUCCUGGUUCCCGUACGUCUUGGAGGACAAGAUCUUAAUCCGUCCUACAUUUCCAGUGUCAAAAAACUCUUGAUGUUGGAGUGCUGCAUCGGGAUCAUUGGCGGCAAACCAAAGCACUCUUUGUUCUUUGUUGGCUUCCAGGGUGACCAUCUGCUCUACUUGGACCCUCAUUACUGUCAGCCUACAGUAGAUAUGACAAAGAAGAGCUUUCCCUUGGAGUCAUUUCACUGUAAAAGUCCAAGGAAAAUGGCUUUCUCUCGCAUGGAUCCCAGCUGCACCAUUGGAUUUUAUGCAAAAGGACAAAGGGACUUUGAGUCAUUGUGCGCAGGUGUUAAUGAGGCUCUCUCAGCGUCUGCAGAGACGUACCCCAUGUUUAUCUUUGAAGAGGGAAAAACACGGGAGGAGGCGAGAGCCACCACAGCCACACACAGCAUCACCUUUAUACAGAGGAACAGCCAACUGGGAAGAGUUGAUACAAGCAAUAGUAUGGAUGAGUUUGUUCUAUUGUAAACAUAAAGAGAUCAUCUCUGCCCUGAGGGGCAUUCUUCACUGAAUCAUCAAAGUAGCAUUUGCACUUUUUGGCAACUACUGAGCAUAAGAAGAAUAUCCUUAUCAUUCACAGUGAGGUCGGUGGACUCCUUAAUGGUCUUGUAUGAAGUUGUUAUGCAUCAGUAAUUAUACUGUUAUAUUUUUAUUGCUGUUUUUAUUUAUUUUAUCUUUUUUUUUUUUUGAGAGAGAAAAGUGUUUUAAUAAUAUGAUCAAUUAGAGGACUUUGAAGUAUGAUUUUUUUUUUCCUCAUCUUAAUUGAUUUGAGUUUACACAAACAUCCAUGAGGUCAUUUUACUUAAUCUUUUCAAAUGUGGUAAAAAAUAAUAAUUUUUUUUGUUGCCUCUCACUGUUGAUUGUGAAGUGACCCCAUGUGCUACACUUUAAGUGGACUGUGAUUGAUUUGCACAAGAGAACUGAAAAAGAGGAUAUUUUUUGUAAAAGAAGCUUGUAGAGUCAAAUAGACAUACACUCACUGGAAAAUGAGGACAGUUACUGAAAAUAUUGUUGCAGGCUGACUGUCUUUUGUAGUUUAUCAAAAUAAACAGUUUAGGAACAAGAAAACUGAUCGUAUGAAAUAGAA